AUGGACACAAAUCUUGGUUCCUUCAAGGUCCCACCAGCUUCUCUCCCUGUAUUCCCAGGUCUCUUCAUCAUGGUUCUUGCCCCCAUGUACGACUACGCCAUCUUCCCAUUCGCAAGAAAAAUAACCAAAACCAAAACCAGAAUCACGCAUUUACAAAGAAUUGGAACAGGGUUGGUUCUUUCCAUAGUGGCCAUGGCAGUUGCUGCGUUAGUCGAAACAAAGAGAAAGAAAACGGCGUUGAUUCAUGGUCUAACGGAUUCAACGGAACCUCUUCCCAUAACGUUCUUGUGGGUGGCGUUACAGUACUUGUUUCUUGGCUCUGCUGAUCUUUUCACUCUUGCUGGGAUGAUGGAGUUCUUCUUCACUAAAGCGCCAUGGAGCAUGAGGUCUCUUGCAACCGCCCUUUCUUGGGCUUCUCUUGCCAUGGGUUAUUACUCCAACACUGUUCUUGAGUCGGCAAUGAUGGAUGUUGACUCCUCAGCAGACGGAUGUUCAGCCACGUGA